AUGAAAUGCAGCGGAUGUUCUCAAGAUUUUUGCUUUGAUCAUAUAGCUGAACAUCGUAAUGAAUUGAGUGAACAAUUAGGUCAAUGUGAAGAUCAAUUUAAUGAAGUAAAAAUUAAAAUUGAAGAGCAAAAGACUGAACCACAGAAAAAUGAACUAAUGAAAAAACUCGAUAAAUGGGAAAUCGAAUCAAUUGAAAAGAUUCGACAAAUGGCAAAUGAAAUUCGUCAUGAACUUUCAUCAUGUAUUGUCGAAUUUAUUACUGAUCUCAGUUUGAAAUUUCAACAAUUAACAGAACAAAUUAUUCAAUGUCGUAAAGCAAAUGAUUUUUCUGAUGUUGAAAUUAAGUUUUUUAAUGAAGAACUUAAACGAUUAAAAGAUAUUCUCGACAAUCCAUCAGAUUUCACAAUUGAACAAGAUUCAACAACAUUCAUCAAUAAAAUUCGUCUCACAAGAAAAGGUAAAUCACGUGCUCGAUUUGAAAUUGUAAAAAUAAAAACUUUUGCUCGAUUAUUAAGUCUCUCAGGAGGAUCUAAUUUGAUUAGAGACAAUGCUCAAGUAGGUGCUGGUUUUGUACUUGAUUGUAUAAGCUCUGGAACUGCAAUUUUGACUGGUAUAUUAAUCUAUGUAUCUCUCGCGAUUUUUGUGCUUAGUUGCAUCUGUGUUAUCUGUACUGGUAAAAGAUCAGGAACAUGUUGUUCUCAACAAAUUUGUCAGCCUGCUAUACUUCGAUUCGUGACACUCAAUUGCAAUUUCCCAUUUUAUGUAACACGUCCAAAAAAUCGCUUUCGUCAUCGUAUGAUAUUCUUAGUUUCAAGUUCAAUCCUACGAUUAGUCGCUGUUAUCAUUUACGCAACUGUAAAAUCUGGAGAUAUAGAUGGGAGACAAAGUCAAGUUGCACUUUUGUGUGGAAUAUCAGUUUUAUGUCCAUUAUGCAUGAUUUUGCUUGAUAUCUUUCGUUAUAGAAUAUGGUGGCACUAUCGACCAUCAUGCGAUGAUGACAGAUCGUAUCAACGUCUAUCGCCGAAACACGUUCGUUUCCUUCCUUAUCAUCUGUUAGGUGAUAAUCGCUCUAUGAUUGUACCAGGUAAUCAACCUUGUAUAAAUCAAAACACUUGUACGAAACGUGAACUUGAACACAUUAUGAUAUUUCAUUCGAGCAAGUAUAAACCUCAGUUAAGAUGGACAGAGCUUAGCAAUAGCGAUCGAGAGAAAGGUAUUUAUGUUGGUUUUCAUUGCACAACACCCGAGGCAGCCGUGAGUAUUGCUCACUCAGACUUUAGGAUCAACAACAAACCACCACAGAUGCUUGGAUUUGGAGUAUAUUUUGCUCGAUCAAUCAAAGGAACUGAAAGAAAAGCUCGUCAUAGUGGUGCUACCAUCUGUGCUGAGGUACAAAUGGGCAAAGUAAAAGAAGUAACUUGGUCUCAGCUUUAUACCGUCUCAAAUAGCAGAAGAUGGUGGAAAGAUUACGAUACUGUCUACUAUGUACAUGCAAAUCCCAAUCGAGAUGAAUUUUGUGUAAAAGAUCCGAGCCAAAUCCUUCGGUGGGUUAUCGUUGUGAAUGAAGCAUAUGAUGCGAAUGUUCAGCGGUUCCGUCUCAACCAUGAAUUCGAAAAUACUCAAUGUGGUUGGGUGUGA